UAUCAUUCAAUUUAUUUAAUUUGUAGAGCAUUAAGAAGAAUUGCUAGAGCGUGAAAAUAUUAAAAGCAUCAUGCCCAUAAAAAUAAAUGUCCAUGAGCAGCAUGUUGGAGCUUUCUCAAAACUCAGAUGCUUGGUCAGCAUUUUUGGAAUACAGUGUCAGGAGCAAACUCAGGAUUAUGUUGUUAAUAACUUGGCAAAAGUGCGGAUGCAUUUUAGGGUGCAAAAUCAAGUAUCACCUCUAGCAUGCAACAUUCUUGCUCUGCCACUAGAAAAUAAGAAUAAAGUCAAAGUGAUAGUGUCAUGCCAAGAUACGGAUGUGCCAUUUCAUUCACACAUCUUGCUAGAUAAAUGGACACAGUUUGGCAGUAAACAAAACUGUGAUAUAGCCGUUGACAAGUAUCGCACAUGCCUAUUGAAUAUUAUAAUUUUUGCAAGCAAGGUUGAAGAUUUUUACCCUGUCAAAAUUUAUCAUGAUGCUGAUUUUACGGACUUCAACUUGAGUGCUGCUGAGGGCAGCAUAGCCGUUCACAGGGUCAUACUAGCAGCUCACAGUGAUGUAUUCCGAGCUAUGCUUAGCCAUGAAUGGAAGGAGACAACGGAAGGCCGAAUUGAGAUUGAGGGGGUCACUCUGCAAACUCUUCGGUACCUGAAGCAGUAUAUGUACCUCCGAAAACUGCCAGAUGAUGGACUGAAGGCAUUACUUUUGUUAGCAUCAUACUACUUGAUUGAUGAUCUAAAAGCAGAUUGCUUAUCAAGGCUGGUUCUAAACUACAAGUCUGGAGAAUGGAGCAGCCUUCUCGAGUUUGCUGUAGAGAAUAAAUUAUCAGAACUGAUUUCUGCUAUAAUGCUGGUAAGUUCAGCAGUGGACCUUGAAGAUCAUCAAAAUGUGCAGGUGAAAAAACAAAAAAUGGCACAAUAACCAUUAAUUAUUGUUGUUAUAAGUAAGAAAGAAGGCAUUACUUUUGAUAGCGUCAUACUACUUGAUUGAUGAUUAAAAGAAUAUUAAAAUAGUUCUAAACUACAAGUCAGGAGAAUGGAGCAGCCUUCUCGUGUUUGCAGUGGAGAACAAAUUAUCAGAAUUGAUUUCUGCUACAAUGCUGGUAAGUUCAGCAGUGGACAUCGAAGAUCAUCAAAAUGUGCAGGUGAAAAAACAAAAAAAUGACAAUAACCAUUACAAUAUUGUUGUUAAGAAAGAAGCCUUUUAAGAAAAAAGAGUUAAGUAACAGUUAAGAAAGAAGACUUUUGUUAGCGUCAUACUACUUGAUUGAUGAUUAAAAGCAGAAUUGAUGAAUAGAAGCUAGAUAGUUCUAAACUAGUAAACUACAAGUAAAGUGGAGCAACCUCCUUGAGUUUGCAGUGGAGAACAAAUUAUCAGAAUAGAUUUUUGUUAUAAUGCUGGUAAAUUCAGCACUGGAUAGCAAAAUGUGCAGGUGAAAGAAUAAGAAAAUGGCACAAUAACCAUUAUUUUAUUUUUAAUUUUUUUGUAAAUUACUUAUUUUAUUAUGGUUAUGUAAUUCAACAUCAACAUUGAAGUAAUAAUUGGAGUCAGAAGUAAUUAAUUAAACAUUU